AUGGCGCUGGCGGUGAUUGAGCUCUUUCGCCCCAGUGGCCUAAUAUUGGCAUCCACGGGCGCCAAGACUGCCAACUGCUUAGGGUUUGGUGUCGGAGCUGGAAUCGAUAUGGACCCGUCAGUUCAGAGACUUCUAAGCGACAAGCUAUACGAUAAGCGGAAACAAGGUGCUUUGGAGCUCGAAAGAAUUAUCCGCGAUGCCCUUGCGAAAGCCGAACAUACCAAGAUAAAAACCAUCGUCGACCAGCUUUGUCAUGAAUAUGCAUAUGCUGUCCAUCAACCUCACACAAGAAAUGGGGGAUUGAUUGGCCUUGCAGCCGCCUCGAUUGCGCUUGGAACUGAUGAAGUUGCGCCGUACCUCUACGAGAUUGUCCCUCCAGUCCUCGCUUGCUUCACAGACCAGGAUGCUCGAGUUAGAUAUUACGCCUGCGAGAGCAUGUAUAACAUCGCGAAAGUGGCUAAGGGGGAACUGCUACUGUUUUUUAAUGAUAUUUUCGAUGCUUUGUGCAAACUCGCUUCCGAUUCAGAGCUGUCAGUGAAAAACGGCGCAGACCUCCUCGAUCGACUAGUGAAGGAUAUAGUUUCUGAAUCAGCAGCCUCAUACGUUUCCGUUUUGCAAGCACCCAAGAAAGUUGAAGGUGAUUCUGAGGUUGAUGGUGUUAAUGAAUCAGAAGCGGUUUCCGAGGUGCCAACAGCAUUCUCUCUUGCGAAUUUUAUUCCCCUCCUCAAACAACGUAUACAUGUCAUCAACCCUUUCACUCGUACCUUCCUAGUCUCAUGGCUGAGUCUAUUGGAUACCAUACCCGAUUUGGAGCUGGUGUAUUACUUACCCGCAUUCCUGGAAGGGUUGUUCAGGUUCCUUAGCGACCCCAAUAGAGAUGUUCAUACAAUAACCCAGGGUGCUCUGGAGACAUUCCUUAGUGAGAUCAAGAAGAUUGCUCGGAUAAAAAAAGGGAUCGCAUACGCCCGCCGUGAUCCGGAAAGCGGGGAUCCCAAGCCGUCUGCUACUAGCGAUAGUAUGAGUGUUUGCUCCGGCUCAAGCGAUGUCAAAGAUAUUAGCGACAAUGCUAUUGCGGAUUCUGAUUCUGGCCCUGCCAAUGACGGAGAUGUUCAUGUAUAUGGGGAUUAUGUUCCCGGACAAGAUGUCCAUGUAGAUCAUCCCAAAAUCUUGGAAAUUCUACUUGGCUUUGUGGACACUGCGUUUGAGGAAGAAAUCCAGCUGACGGCCCUCCGAUGGAUUGAUAGUUUUUUUGAAAUAAGCCCAGAAGACAUCCUUCAGUUUGUUCCUCGCCUACUUUCGCAAGUAUUACCUGCCCUUUCGAGCGGUUCGAACCAGGUUCGUGAGGCUGCGAAUCGGGUCAAUACGUCACUCAUGCAGUACAUUGUUUCCCUCACCGAUGAUAUUGCUCUUGAUGAUCCCCGGCCAGCUCAACUGUCAAGGGUACCUACCGGGCCGGUUAAGGAAACAGAUGAUCGAAGAUCAUCAACUCCUACAGGUAUCCAGUCCGACUUAUCUGCGCCUAACGAAGUCAAUGCCAAAAAACUAAGCCCAUCUCGUCCUGCAUCAACGACUGAUUUAACCUCACGAAGCAGCUCAGAUGCAACACCGAUACCUUCACCUGAUCUAGAUUAUGCGGCUGCGGUUAACGCCUUAACCCUCCAGUUCCUCAAUGAAAACGAGGAAACGAGGGUUGCUUCUUUAGCUUGGCUAAUUAUGCUUCACAGAAAAGCGCCUCGGAAGAUUCUGGCCUUCCACGACGGGACGUUUCCAGCUUUGUUAAAGACGUUAUCUGACCCUUCGGAAGCCGUUGUUACGCGAGAUCUGCAACUACUCUCUCAAAUUUCAAAAAAUACUGAUGAUGGCUAUUUCACUUCAUUCAUGGUGAAUCUGCUUCAACUGUUUUCUACCGAUCGAAAGCUUCUUGAAAUCCGCGGCAACCUUAUCAUCAGACAACUUUGCGUUAACCUAAGCCCAGAACGUAUCUACCGGACGCUGGCAGAUUGUCUUGAAAAGGAAGAAGACAUUGAAUUUGCUAGCAUCAUGGUUCAGAAUCUUAACAACAAUCUUAUUACCGCUCCAGAACUGGCUGAUAUGAGGAAGAGAUUAAGGAACCCUGAAUCCAGGGCAUGUAAUGUUUCCCAAGGGAUUUCCAUGUUUUUCGUUAACGUGUUCUUAGGAUGCGCGGAGUUGGAGAUGACCGUCAAUAUGCUGAUCCAAAUCGACAAACUUGUUCAAUUACUUGAAUCUCCCGUUUUCACCUAUCUCCGUCUCCAGCUUUUAGAACCAGAGAAGUAUCCUUAUUUAUACAAAUGUCUUUAUGGCGUUCUUAUGCUACUUCCCCAAAGCUCUGCAUUUGCUGCACUCAAGAACCGUCUUAACAGCGUGAGCAACAUUGGCUUACUACAACCAGCUGCUCGAGGGAGAAGUCCAGACGAUCCGGGCGAUCAGCGUCACGACAAAUCGACCCAGAUGCAAAUGGCAUCGGAGCAGGGACUGGAAGUGGACUUGGAAGCGGGCAUGCAACACGAACAGGGUUUGCGGUGA